CCAGGGGAGUCCCUGGUUCGGGUCUAAGUCGCUGCUUUUUGUUGCUGAGAUUUGAGCGCCCAGCUGGGGACUGGGGGAGGGGGCGAGCCGCCAGAUAGAAGGUCAGCUCCUUGAAGGAAGGGAGCUCUGUCUUGUGACUGCUCUGCUUCAUGCUUUUACCGCGAUAUCUAGCUCCUUGUGAGCGCUCAUGAUGGAGUACCCAGUGUUGGAAACUGGCUCACUUUUUACCUCAGGAGUCAAGAGACAUGUGAAAGAAAAAAGAAUUUCAAAGCCUGCUAAGUUGAAUGUUUCUCUUGCUUCCAAAAUCAAAACAAAAAUAAUAAACAAUUCUUCUAUUUUCAAAAUUUCUUUAAAGCACAACAACAGGGCGUUAGCUCAGGCUCUUAGUAGAGAGAAAGAGAAUUCUCGAAGAAUUACAACUGAAAAGAUGCUAUUGCAAAAAGAAGUGGAGAAACUGAAUUUUGAGAACACAUUCCUUCGCCUAAAGCUAAAUAAUUUGAAUAAGAAGCUUAUAGAAAUAGAAGCACUCAUGAACAAUAACUUGAUAACCGCAAUUGAAAUGAGCACGCUUUCUGAGUUCCAUCAGAGUUCCUUUCUGCUGCCAGCUAGCAAGAAGAAACGGGUUAGUAAACAGUGCAAGUUGAUGCAUCUUCCAUUUGCAAGGGUUCCAUUAACUUCAAAUGAUGAUGAUGAUGAUGAUGAUGAUGAUGGUAAAGAGAAAAUGCAAUGUGAUGACAAUAUUAAAUCAAAGAUGUCACCUGAUAUUCCCUCUUCAGUAUCAACAAGACAACCUUUAUCAACUCAGUGUAAUUUGGAAUUAUUAUUUCUUAAAGAAAAUAAUCAGAAUGUGUGUGGUUUAAGUGAUUCAGAGCAUAUUUCUUCUAUUGAUAUACUUCCCAAAGAAAGCCAUUCCCGCUCAGACCAAAGUUCCAAGAGUUCUUUAAUGAGUGAGAUGAAAAACGUCCAGUCCAUCAGCCACAGAAAGGAGAAACUAUCUCUUGGUAAUGUGACUGAAAGGAAAAAACGUGUAUCAUCUCGGGAAUCAAAGAAUCCUGCAGACGCUCCCUGUGUGACAGAUUUAGAGCAACAGCAGAUUUCAAGUCCAGGAUUAAAUCGGAAUAAUGAGAUAAGUGAUUGUACUAAUGAAACAAAUAUUAAAAUGCAAAGAAACAUCCAGGGCCUUCCUGACACCUCUGAGUCUGCUGGUGAACCUACUGCAGAGCACGUGAGUCAAGUUGAGGGUAAUGGCGACUUUCAAUUGCAGAAAACUGUGUAUGAUGCUGACAUGGACUUAACUGCAAGUGAAGUAAGCACAAUUAUUACAGUUUCAACAGGGACUAAAAAUAAAAGUAAUAAAAAACCAAAUGAUUGUGGAAUGAAAACUUUCAGAAAAGUGAAAGAUUCAAGCUCUGACAAAAAGAAAGAAAGAUCAAAGAGACAAUUUAAAAAUAGUUCACAUGUGGAUAUUGAGGAAAAGAUUGAAAACAGACCAGAAAGAAGAUCUGUUGUUCUGGAUGGCAAAGGGGAUUCAGAAGAUCCAAAUUUUAUUUUCAAUACUGAACAGCUGGCUCAGUUGAACAUCCUGAAGAAAAUUCAUAAUGGCUUCGAUCAAGAUGACAGACAAAGUACACGGUAUAAUAAAAAAAAGAAAAGAAUAUGUGUAACAGAUGAACCAGAAGAACCGUACUUGUUCUCCCAAAGUUCAGAUAAAUUCCAACAGGAGAGUAAAUUUGAUAUGGGUCAGAGUUCUCUAGCUUGUAAUAAAAGUAAACCUUCUAGACAGACUUUUGUGAUUCAUAUGUUAGAAAAAGGUAACUUGUUCCCAAACCAAAAGGAUAAAGAAACCAUUUCUGAAAACCUAGAAGCCACAAAUGAGUUUCAAACAGUUGAUCUUUCCACCAAAGAUAAUGGGAAUUUACAUGAUUAUGAGACCCAAAAUUUGUUGGAUUUGAAAAAGCAUGUCACUGAUAUGCAACCUGCUCAGCAAAAUGAAUCAAAAAUAAAUAAGAAGCUUAGGCAGAAAGUAAAUCGGAAGACAGAAAUAAUUUCCGAAAUGAACCAGAUAUAUGGUGAUACUGCUAAAGAUGCACAUGGCCCAGAAAAAGGUAACUUUUUCUUCCAAAUCCAGAAGGAUAAAGAAACCAUCUCUGGAAACCUAGAAGUUUCUAAAGAGUCUCAAAUACCUACUCUUUCCACCAUCAGUAAUGGAAACCUGUGCAAUUGUGAGACCCAGGAUGUGUUGGGUUUUCAAAAGCAGAUCACCAAUGUGUCCAUUCUUCAGCAAAAUGAAUCAAAAGUUAAUAAGAUUAGGCAGAAAGUAAAUCGGAAGACAGAAAUAAUUUCUGAAGUGAAUUAUAUAGAUGAUGAGAAAAGUGUGUAUUGCCCAGGAAAGGAUAACUCUUUCUUCCUAACCCAGAAUGAUACGGCAAUCAUCCCUGAAAACCGAGAAGUCCCAAGUGAGUUUACAAUACAUUCUCUUUCCACCAAAGAUAGUGGAAACCUGUAUGAUUUUGAGACUCAAGAUGUUUUGAGGGUGAAAAAGCCUGUCCGUGAUAUGCAGGCUGCUUGUCAAAAUCAAUCAGAAAUAGAUAAGAAGCUUAGGCAAAAGGUAUGUCGGAAGACAGAAAUAAUUUCCGACAUCAACCAAAUAUAUGAGAAUAAUGACAAAGGCAUACAUGACCCAGGAAAAGGUAACUUAUUUUCUCUGGCCCUAAAGGAUAAAGAAAUCAUCCCCAAAAGCCUAGAAGACUCAAAUGAGUUUCAAACAGCUGGUCCUUCCACAAGAGGUAAUAGGGACCUAUGUGAUUAUGAGACUCAAAACAUUUUGGGGAUGAAAAAGCAUGUUACUGAUAUGCCACCUGCAAAGCAGAAUGCAUCAAAAAUAAAUAAGAGGCUCAGGCAGAAAGUAAGUCGGAAGACAGAAAUAAUUCUGGAAAUGAACCAGCUAAAUGAAUUUAAUGACAAAGGUGUGCAUGACCCAGAAAAAGAUGACUUCUUUUCCCUAACCCAAAAGGAUAAAGAAACCAUUUCUGAAAACCUGGAAGUCACAAAUGAAUUUAAAACAGCUUAUCUUUCCACCAAAGAUAAUGGAAAUUUAUAUGAGUGUGAGACCUGGAAUAUGUUGGAUAUGAAAAAGCGUGUCACUGAUAGGCAAUCUGCUCAGCGAAAGGAAUCAAAAACAAGUAAGAAGCCUAGGCAGAAAGUAAAUCGGAAGACAGAAAUAAUUUCUGAAAUGUUCCAAAUAUAUGAGGAUAAUGAUAAAGAUGUGCCUGGCCCAGAAAGCUAUACAAAAGAUCUUGAUCUUAAAAUAAAUAAAUCCAAACAAAGACUUGAAUGCCAAGGUAUUAUCAGUAGAAACUGUAUGGAAAUCAACAGUAAUGAAAAGGAAAAUUGUGAUCAAAUUUCAAAUCCUUGUAAACUUGUUAAAAAGCCUGGGAAAGAAUCAUCAGGCAGGGCAAGGAACGUUUUGGCAAAAAGUGAAAACAAACCUAUUUUGCAGUUAACAGAUUCUUCACAGACUUGUAUCUCCUUAGAAUCGGGUUUAAAACAUGUUCCUAAUGAAGCAGAUUCUGAUCCUGGAAACCAAAUGGAAUUACGUAACGAUCUAAAGCAAAGCACUACAACUCUGAAUAAAAACAGAGAUAUCCCCUCUGUGGAAGUGAUAAAAGAAGGAGAGUGCCAGGUCAGAAAAGUCAGUAAGAUGCCAUCCAGAUCAAAAAGGAAGACCUUCAGAGAUCCUUCUCCAGAGAGCUGUGAAGUAACCAACACCAUUCAGGGAGUAUCAGUUGAAUCUGAACAAGCCGAUAAGGAAAAAAAUUUGGAAAAUAAUAAAAUUGUCACAGUUAAGCCAGACUUUUACACAAAGGUGUUGACGUCUUUAUCUCAAAUAUAUUCACCUAAUAUACAAGAGUCUUCCUUUAACAGUGUUCAUGAAGGUUCAAUACCUUUAAGUAUUUCUUCUAGUAAAAAUCUGAUAAUAAGAGAAAAUUUUGCCCUGGAGAGCUCACCAAUCUUUCAAGUAAGUGAGGAUGUGCAUGAGAAGGUGGAAGGGAUGAAAUGUAAAGUCAGCCAGAGGACACAAAAAUCAGAAAUAGGAGAUAGAACACUACAGGACUUGACAAAUACCAAUUUUGUUUCAAAUAACACUGCUAAAUCUGACAGUAAGUCAGAAGGUCUGUCUUCAGAGCUACCAAGCCGGAGAAGAAGGUGUACUCCUCUCGAUUUAAAAGAGCCAAGUCUCAAAAGGAAGAUGAGAAGAUAAGGUGAAUUUAUGGAUUCUGGUUUUUCUGAAUUCUCAAACCAUAACCUCUCAAAACAGAUAUAUAAAUAGGAUCAAGAAAAGGAAACGCGUUUUGAAAAGUUUUAGGUUUUUUUUUCGUCUUCUGCGUUUUCCUGGAGUGUUGAUUUAUCCAGUCUUAUGUUUAGAUAUAUGCGCCUAAAGUAGCUGUUUUGUAAUAUUAAACUUAGGAAGUCAUUUUGGUUAUCCUGUAACUUAUCCACCUGCUCAUUUAAGCUUCUUUCAACCUCACAGCCCUUAACUAAACAAUAGCUAUUAACCUUUUAGCCAAAUAAAAUGUAUUAUAAAUAC